AUGGACGCGCUGGGGCAGAUCAGGUUCGAUGUGGUCGGCCUCUCCGAGACGCACACGAAGAAGGCGCAACGUAUGCGGUGGACAGACGGCAAGUUGCGAGGAGCCGAAAUCCACGUCGGACCGUGCACCAUCAGCCAAAAUGACAGUACAAUCGGCGGUAUCGGCUUCAUCAUCCAUAAGAGCCUGACGAGCAGCAUCCUGUCCAUCGAGCUCAAGUCCAGCCGAAUCGGCAUCAUCCAAGUCUACGCCCCUCACAGCGGCUACUCGGAGGACGCGCACGAAGACUUCUACGCCGAACUGGACCUGAAACUCGCAGAACCAGCCUGCCGCACCAUCGUCAUGGGCAAUUUCAAUGCCCGCACGGGCCGCGGACAGCCCGGAGAAGGCUUCAUUGGCCAGUUCAGCGCAGAACAGAGAAAUUCGGCCGGUCACCGGAUGACUGCCUUCACGGAAAGCAAGAAGAUGUACGUGAUGAACACCUUCUUCGAGAAGCCACGGCGAAAACGGUGGACUUGGCAGUCCGCGGACGGCACGACGCGCUCAGAAAUCGACUACGUCCUGUGCGACGACAGGUCGUGCGUCCAAAACUUCGAAGUCCUCGCGAGGUUCAUGGCCAGAAGCGACCACAAGAUCGUUCGCGCGACGCUGCUACUCGACUUGCCAGGCAUGAAGCGAAAACGGGCGCUCCUGGGCAAGAAGAAAGUGCCGGCAGAGAUAGACCCGGCGAAACUCCGAGCAGAAGUGCGAUCGGCGAACUGGAACGACAGCGGAGACUCACGCCUCAACGAGCGCUACGAACAGCUUGAAAAGACGCUGAUGCGAUGCGUAAAGACAGCGGAGGUCAAGCGACGCAAGGCCAAUGAGUCGAAGAUAAAACCUGAAACCCGUGCUCUUCUUGCCAAGCUGCAGUCGUUGAAACAGAGCGGUGGAAGGCCAGACGAAUGCCGCGAGCUGAGCCGAGAGAUCAGAAAGAAGCUCAAGGCCGACUACGAGGAACAUCGAAACAAGCGCCUCGUAGAAGCAGCAGUCGCUAGGCAGAGCGUAAAGAAAUGCAAGCGAGGGCUAGCUCAGUCCCAGCUCGUCACCGGCGCCCUCCUUGACGAAAACGGCGCCCUUCAGACGGAACGCCCAGCGGUCGAAGACGUCUGCCGUGCAUUCUACACGUCGCUAUUCGACAGCAAGGUAGAAGUGGCGAGGACCGAAGGCAGCCCGGAAGAACACCCAGCAACACCUGCGCCUAUCAGCUGGCUCGAGAUCCAGGACGCACUGAAGACCUUCAAGAACGGCAAGGCCCCGGGUCCAGAUGGCGUCACGGCAGAGAUGCUCAAGGCAGGUGGACCGGAACUCUGGAAACGCAUCAGCAAACUAUUCACGCACUGCAUGCGGCAUCGGAAGAUCCCGCUCAAAUGGAAGGAAUCGCGAACGGUGCUCCUAUACAAGAAGGGGGACCCAGAAGAUCUGAAGAACUACCGACCGAUCUGCCUACUGCCGGUGAUGUACAAGCUCUUCACAAAGGUCGUGCUCAACAGAAUAUCUGCAAAACUCGACGCAGCCCAGCCAGUCGAACAAGCCGGCUUCAGAAGCGGCUUCUCCACGAUGGACCACCUGCAAACGAUAAACCAGAUCCAGGAACGGACGCGCGAGAAGGGACUGCGGCUCUACCUAAUCUUCAUUGAUUAUGAGAAGGCCUUCGAUUCAAUCGAGAUCAACGCCGUCCUAAACGCCCUGGAACGACAAGGCGUCGAGCGCUGCUACAUAGACAUGCUAGAGGACGUCUACGAUGGCUGCACCACCGAGAUCAAGCUGUUCGACGAUGGCAUCACGAUUCCCGUACACCGUGGAGUGCGUCAAGGAGACACCAUCUCACCCAAGCUGUUUACCGCGGCGCUGGAAGAAAUCUUCAAACAGCUCGACUGGGAAGCCCGGAAGAACUGCGGGAUUACCAUCGAAGGUCGGCACCUAACACACUUACGAUUCGCCGACGACAUCGUACUGAUCGGCACAUCAAAAGCUGACGUGCAACGCCGGUUACAAGAGCUCAACCGCGCCAGCGAAGCAGUGGGACUACGCAUCAACCGCUCGAAGACAAAGUGGAUGGAAUACUUCAAGACCAACGAGCGCAUCCACCUCGGUAACGAGGAAAUCGAACGGGUUCAAAAGUACGUCUACCUCGGCCAAGAACUGUCAGAAGACCACCAAAAAGGCCUGCACUGCGAACUUAGUCGGAGGAUUAAAGCAGCAUGGUGCAGUUUCAACAGCAUCAGCGAGGUACUGAAGAAGCUGACGGAUCCCAUCAGACGUGCGCAGCUGUUCAACUCCACUGUCCUACCUGCCCUUCUCUACGGAUGCGAAACGUGGACACUCUCAGAAUCACUCGCGAAAAGGCUUCGCAGCACUCAGCACGCCAUGAAGCGACGCGUCCUCGGAGUUUCGAUUUCGCAGACGCAGUCAAAGAAGCCACAAAGCGGAAACUAUCCUGGGCAGGACACGUGGCCAGAAGAGGAGAUGACCGGUGGACAGUUCGAGCAACGAAAGGCAGCCGAGAAAGAAAGCACCUGCCGGAUGGGGCAAACCGACGAGAUGGGACGACUACAUCGUCAAGAAGGUCGGACCAAACUGGAUGGACGUGGCGCAAGAUCGAACCCAGUACCGACUCCAGUGUACGGCUACGCCGUCUCCGCAUCGAUUCACCGAACGUGCCAGCCGCGCCAGGAGGAUCGAUUGAAUACGGAGCUCCAAA